AUUGUUGUUAUAUUUCUCGCUUAUGUGUACAGAGGUGCCGGAUGUUCAGUAAAGUUUUCAAUAUCAGCAAAAUACUCCAGAAAUUUCGGAACAUUUUUCAGAUGUAAUCCGAUGCCUCAGAUGACACUUAGCGUGAAAAGUGCACAGUGCGUGGCACAGGAUUAGUAAAAGAGCAAAUUGAAAUUUUGACUGGGUUGUUUGUACAUUUAAGAUAAGCGCUCUAACCAACCGAUUACGAAACUUCUGCUAUCUAGCGUCAGUUGUUCGAAGUUGUUUGUGUAGUAACUUGUUAAUAAAUAUGGCUGCUAAAACCCAUGUGGAUAGUAGUGUUGGUGAACGAAGACUUCGUCCAAUAUAUGAUUGGCUAGACAUUGGCAAUAGUAAGAAGGCACUGCAGGAAGCAGACAAAGUUCUGAAGAAGCAGCCAAAUUUUCAAUGUGCAAAGGUACUGAAAGCACUUGCCCUUCUGCGUAUGGGCAAAAAAGAAGAAUGCAUCGAGCUUCUGGAGGCAGUUCGGGCAGAAGUUCCAUGCGACGACUCUACUCUACAGGCUAUGACAAUAUGUUACCGAGAAAUUCACAGGCCGGAGAGAAUAUGCGAAAUUUACGAAGCAGCUACAAAGAAAGACCCUACCAACGAAGAGCUGCUUACACAUCUCUUCAUGGCAUAUGUACGUGUUGCCGAUUACAAAAGACAACACCAAACUGCCCUUAUGCUUUACAAAUUGAAACCGAAGAACCCAUAUUACUUUUGGGCUGUUAUGAGUGUGGUGAUGCAGGCAUACAAGGCAGAUGACAAACUAUCAAAGAGCAUUGUUUUACCAUUAGCUGAGAGAAUGGUUGAAAAAUUUGUGAAUGAAGAUAAAAUUGAGGCAGAACAAGAAGUUCAGUUGUAUCUUAUGAUUCUGGAAAUGCAGGGAAAAUACAGUGAAGCACUUGAUGUUGUGACUGGCCCACUAGGUGAAAAACUGGUGUCAUAUGUGCAUGUCCCGUACAAGAAAGCAACUCUCCUCAUGAAGUUGAAGCGUUGGCGACAGGCCAAUCUCCUUUUCAAGCUAAUGCUGAAGGAAGAUAUGGACAGGUGGUCGUACAUUACUGAGUACUUAUCAUCAGCAUUGAAACUAAUUGAUUCGGGCCAAGCAGACCCCAGUGAAGGGAUACCAGGUGCAGAUUCCACGCCAGAAGCAGUUCGGGACUUCCUUGCACGUCUUGUUCGAGACAACGAAACAAAACUACCACGUCGGUUACGGGGCCCUUACCUUGCACGUUUGGAAAUGUAUCGACUUAUGGCAGAGCGAGGUGACCAUCCUGAGGCUCUGUUAGGUGACAUUGUGGACUUGAUGAUGGCGUACUUCAGGAAUUUUAGCGAUAAACCUUGUUGUGUGUCUGACUUGAAGAGAUUUGUUUCCCUGCUGCCCGAGGAUCGCCACCAGGAAUUCGUAUCUCAAGUGGAACAGACUGUUGGACUGCAGGGUAGAGAAAUGCCAGCAACGGUACGGCAAAUGCAACAACAUAUAAGUAGCAUACAGUUGGUGCGUACUAUGGGCCUACAUUCACAACUGACUGACAGUGAAAGACUAGAAUUGGUAACGCACUUACUCAGGUGUUACGAGCAUGGAAAGUGUUUCAAUGCCGGCAGUCUGCAGACUGAAUUUGGGAGUAAUGAUUCAUAUGCACUGUUGGCUGCACAUGUGCUGUAUGAAGCGUGGACUGUGACAAACGACAGCUCUCAUCUCAGGGAAGCAUUAGACUUAUUGGAGUGUGUCCUUGCCUCAAGCCCAUCAAACUUUCACGUCAAACUGUUGCUAGUCAAGCUUUAUAAUAUGUUAGGUGCAGGAGCAGCUGCACAGCAAAUAUAUGAUCUAUUGGAUAUCAAGCAUAUGCAGCUGGAUUCCCUGGGUUAUCUACACUGUAGCCACCUGUACACUGCUGGUCAGUUAACAGCUGCCAGCACCCUGUAUGAAAAUACACUGAAAUUUUUCAGUGGUAAUUACAAAGAUAGUGUGGACCACUUGACCUUCUCUUACAAGUUUGGCUCAUUCUUAAAGAUUGAGGAGUUUGUUGAGUUUAGGGAACGACUGAACAAUUCAAUUCACUAUGCAAUUAUGUCAGUGGAACAAAAGCUACUUGAGCUUAUGAGUUGUAGAUCACAUGCUCAGACAUCAGUUUUUGUAACAGCAAUGGAGAUAAAUCCAGCAAAAGACAAAAUAGAUUGGAAUAGUUUACAAGAUAAUCGUGACUUGACUGUGAUGCUGUCAUGGGAGCCUGUUUCAAGGCAGAUGUCUCCAGAAAUUGUGCAGCAGACAUUUGCUGAUGAAAAGGCUUUCUUAAAAUUUCGUAGUCUGAUUUUGCGGUGCCUGGGUGCUGCAUUUUCAACAGUUCCUCAGUCUGCUGAUGUUUGCUGCCAAGGUCAUCAUGGAAAUUCUCACCAUAAAAGCAACAGUCAAAAAGCUCAUGUGAACAACAAUAACAACAUUGGUGGUAGCAACAGCAACAACAAUGCUGACAUCAUGAAUGGAGAACUGGACUGUGAUUCAAGGACCCUGUUAUCUUCUCUCACAGAUGAGCUAAUGGAGCUGCAAGCAGAACUGGAACACAGGAGCUCAGUGAAAACACUUAUGGAUGUGGUCAGUGCGCCUUUGCCAUCACGUUUACAUGGCUACCUGAGCUGCCCAUUGUACAUACAACUCUUGGUGGAGAUGUUGCGGUUAGUAUCUUCGGUAUCUCGUGGAGAUGAUGCAAGUGGUCAAGCGACAGUGUUUCUUUGUGGUAAAGCUGCUGGAUUAGCAGAAGCUGCUGCCAUGCGAGUUUCCUCAAGAAUACGUUCUGAAGAAUCCCUUUCAGCAAUGGAGCAACUUGGCAACCGUCACAGUUUGUUGGAGACUGCAGUCAUAACUAUUGAGUCUAUUAGCCUGGCAGUCCUACUUUGUGGAGUUUGUCAUAGUCACCUAAAACCAUUAGUUACACCUGUUCCAAAGAAAGGAAAGAAGAAAAAAGAUGCAACAGUAAAUCAACAGGCGCAAGCACCACCAGUGCCAACGAGACAGCUGAUAGCAUUCGGUCAACUGGUGCGACUUCUGGGUGAGGCAACUGAUGAGUUAUCAGGUGCUCUGGAAUAUUGGCGUACACAGCAGCUGGCACCAGAAUUGGAUUCUGUGGUGACAAUCUCAGAAGAAACUAAACAACAUAAGAAUGUUGUCAAUACUCGCAUUUCUGAUAGUCAUCGUGGUUCUCUUUCAGAGCUUUUGCAUGUACUUGACAUUAAGAGGAAAUAUCUUGCCUCCUUCAGUAUUGGCACCGUCUGACUCAAGUCGCAGUCCGCGUGAGAUCUAUUUGCGCGGAUGUCAGAUGCCUGUAAUGCCUAAAUCUGUAGGGUGGUAGAUCUCUCCGGACAUGACAUUGAGAGUGCUGGAAGCUGACACAGUUUCCAAGAUUAAGAACUUGACAUGUAUGACGUUGUCUGGGUGUACAUUGCCCUGUGAGUCUCUGGUUACAGUAUCAAUUUCUGUUCAUAUUCACAUGCUGCAUUAUUGUAAUGUGAUCUCAUGCAAAGAAUUUUUAUUUUAACAUGUGGCAUGCCAGACAUUUUACAAGUGAUUAGAUUUAAUCUCUGCAAAAUGUGAAACAUAAUGGAAAUGCCAAGCUGUGUUUUACAAACGAAUCAGAUUUGAACACAUUUCCUUCUGAAUGUAUAGGUACCAACAGGACACACAUUGUUUGUCACAGAAUCAGAUUAGAUGUGAUAAAUGGUCCAUAAUAAUGGUGAAAUAAGGGAUAAAACUAUCAGAAUCAGUACAUAUAUAAUUCUGUCAACAGAUGGUGCAAAAAAAACUAAUUGGCAAACUGUGUUUGUGUUUAACACAAAAUGAAAGCUUGUUCAUGCUCAGAAGAAAGGCACUUAUUAUAUGUACACUGUUGUAAACUAUUUAUUUUAAAUAGAAGUCAGACAUUGUAAUUGUCUGCUCAUUAUAGAUAUUUUUCUUCUUCACAGAGCUGUAAUAAACAUUUAUAUUUUUUUCUAAAACUCAAUUUCUUUUUUGCUUUAUUUAUUCUAGCAUUCAUUUUCAUUUGUAACAUGUAUAUGUGUUGUCAGUAAAGACUGUGUACGUGUGGAAACACAGAGAUGAACAUUUAGGAACUUUAUAAUAUUUUGUACACAUAAUCGUGCUAAUUUUGUAUAUUUAUCUUCACAAGUCUGUACAAAUGGCACUGGAAGUUGACUUCAUAGUAUUCUUAAAUUUCUUAUGCGAUACACUUUAGUCUAUUUUAAAUAUUCUGCUGUUGGUUAUUGUGUUACCACAAAUUUCACAAUACUGCAUUUUUAAGAAAGUAUAAUUCUAUUUUGCCUAGUUCUGAAAGUUUCGUUGCUGCUAACUUAUUAAUAUUUGAAAUUCAAUGUCUGUAAUGAAUUCUUGCAAAUAAUUUAACAGUAUUUCAUUCAAAUCAUUAAUUUCGUUAACAGUUACAAAUUAGUCAUUCAUAUGAUUGGUAAUAUUGUGAGUGGCAACAUUUCUCCUCUUAAAAUUAACAUUGCGGAGAAGGAGUGAACUAAAUAAUAAAAUAUAUUUUUUGUAUAGAUGUGGGAAGAGAUCUACAGUUUGGAUUUUACGAGCUACUUACUAAAGUGAGUUGCUCAUCUUUCCAUGUGUGAGAUGUGAUCAAAAUAUGUAUGGUCUUUUACUUCAGUCUUCACUGUAUGGUGUAUAAAAGCAACAGCUACUAUGCAUAUGUAUAAGAAUUUUUCAUUCUGUAUGAAAUGAGUUUCAUAGUUCUGAAAUUUUUGUAAUGUUACUUAUUAAUAAUAUGUGUCUGUUUCUGAAAAUAUUGUACAAAAACAAAUAUUGAAUAGCAAGAAUCUUGCUCAGUAAGGCAGAAUUAUUUGCAUUUUCUUGCACUGUCGGUGAAAAAAAAAUAGUUUCUACGUGCAAUUUGAACUUUUUUACUUUUUUAAACCUAACACUUUGGAGACCGGUUACUUAGAAGAGCCGCUUAGAAGAAUAUUGAGCCUAGGAAAUUGGCAAUUUUUAUGCUGUUAUUUUAUGCAUUACUGGCACAUAUAUAAUUGAUUUAUCUUCAGUUGACGUAACUUAAAAAUUUGUUUUUCAUUUUUAUUUUAGUUGUUUGAUAGGUUACAAACUUUGAAAUCAUGAUGACAGAAAGUAUAAUUGUCCUCCCAAGAAAAGUGUGAGGUGAGCUAUUGAGCAAUUUCUUCCUCUUGAGCUUCCAAAAUUUCUUGCUCACUCAGCAAAUGUAACAUGUUUAUAGCAGUAUUAUGACAAACAGCUAGAUCUAACUAAUAGAAGCAUGAAAUUACAUCAGUGUGAUCAUAUUGCGUCAGCAGUUGAUGACAGAAGGCAAUACCAGUCAGGGAGCAGGUCACGAGACAUCCGUAUAUCAUUUCACACAAAAUGAGUCCAGUUUUCAAAUGAAUGAUGGUUCGACCAUUGACAAAAUUGCAAUCCGAUUUCUACUCAGGCACAGCCUUUUUAACACAGUUACAGCCCAAAUUAUGCUCGGGCUUGGUCUCCAAAGUAUUAAGUUCAAUAUAGGAGGUAAAAAGUGUAAGAAGCCAGUAUUGUAAUACAUAAUGAUUUAGUCUUCCUUUAUUUGCCUUAUGAUCAUUAUUCUUCAACCAAUGUCAUCAGUACAGUAUGUAAGUAGGAAUCAGUUCAUGGCACUCUUGAGAACUGGCUGUGUAAAUAAGUUACUUCGAAGUGUGAGUGUGAGUGUGUGUGUGUGUGUGUGUGUGUGUGUGUGUAGAGGAGGAUAGGUGGACAGUUGUUUGAAUCUUAGUUACACUAGUAUCGUACUGUUGUUCAUGCUUUUAUAAUGUGUCUUAUUGUAUUAUUAGUCAUUAUUUAAAAAAGAAAUAUUAGACAAAAUUGCUGGCAAGUACUUACCUUCAGGAGACAAAAUGUAUAGUACUGCCAAUAGGUGUGUGUGUGUAUGUGCGAGUGCACACACACACACACACACACACACUGUCAUAGGUUUUGGAACUAUUACUUCCAUCCUUAGGAAGUGGAAAAAGAUAUGUGGGUCACAACAGGUGGGUACCUCUCAUUCUGGUGUCUGAGUAACCUGUCCUUCCUUUUUAACUAUCCAUAGUAUAUCCAUCCCUCCCUCUCUCCUCUCUUUGGCAAAGGUACUAAUGAAGCUAGAAUUUGUGUGUGUGUGUGUGUGUGUGUGUGUGUGUGUGUGUGUGUGUGUGUUUUUGCCACUCUGUCUGUCUGAUUUCGCCUCCGGAAGGAAAGUACAUGCCAACAAAUCUGUUUCAUAACUUUUUUUUUAAUUCUCUAGAGUAAAUUUUCUUUUGACACAAUUAGUCAUCAUUUAUCAAAGUUUAAGAUUCUGAGGGAAAUGAUUUUCAUGAUUAAUGACAUUUGAUGUGGUUAGAUUAAUUAUAAUGCACCAUAAGAAAUGAUAGGUUGUGUUCAAUUUGCUUAUUUAGGCUAGAUAAAAGAGAGGUACAUAAUUUUCAAAAUAAUAUUUUCUACUACUGAAAAAGUGGUGCUAAGAUUCACAAAAUAAUUAUUCUCAAGUGAAAUAUAAGUUGUUUUUCCCUCCACAAUAGCAACAGUUUAAAAAUUAAAUGUUCAAGUGUGCUGUAGACAAUUAUGUGGUGUUAGAUACAUGUUUUGUCAUUAAUUGGUGAUAGUAUUCAACAGCAGGAAUGAACGGAGUCUGUUGUAGAUGUGUGAAACAAAUUCUGGGGGAAAAAUUCACAUUUGGAAGAUAAGUUACUGGAGUCUAUGCAUCUCAGUUCUGUGAAAUGCCACAGCUAUUUUAAGUGUGAUAAUUGUGAAAAUAACAUAAAAAUCGUAUUUUCUGUAUGUUCAAAGCUUUCAGAGCUCACAGAUGUUAAUACCUUUCCCUUGGCUACAUUAUUGUCAGUAAAUUGUGAAUGACUUUUAUUGUCUUGUCUUUUAUGUCUUGGCACUUGUGGUCUUCCCAUCCAUUCCAUAAAGGGAACAUACUUGGGCUUUGUUUGGUAGUCAUGUUUAUGUUUACAUCCUACCUUUGGAUCAUGUUUAUAGUACAGUAGGAACUAGAAUAAUAGGAAGACCAACAAUUUCUUGUGGAUGUAGUAGUCUGGUGCAACAUUACAUCCCCCUCAUCAACAAAACUGUGCUGAAGAUGAUGAUAGAGUUUAUCAUAUGUCUUUUUAAUUUACAAUUCAUUUGAAAAUUCAUUGGCUUAGAGAGCCUUUUCCUUGAAAAUAUUUUGCAUCUAGUUUCCUUGUCACCAGAUAUUUCUACAGAUGAUAGCACUGUUUAUACCAUAUUUAGAAUAGCAGUGCUAUUGCUGGUGUAUCUUUGUAUUACUUGUUUCACCAUACCCUAUAAAAAAAUCUUUGCAGUUGUAUUUGUCAUCGUGUAACAUGUUAAUUUUUUUUUUGUAUCACUAGCUUUGCCUUAAGAGUAUGUGUUGGGAAUAUAUAUUGUAUCAUCCAUGCUAGUAAAAAAAAAAAAAAAAAAAAAAAAAUUCUUGAAGUGAGGGGCACUUGUGCCUUUGCAGGAGACUAGUGACCUUGAUAUCUAAACAAACUGAAGAAUUGUCAGGCUUAGUAACAUUUGGUUUUAUGUGAACAGAUUGUAUGUGUCAGCUUCACAACCACCUUUGAAUAAAAGAAAAAGUGACAGACAGGACAAAUAGCCAAAACCCUAUGACACUUUGCGUGUCAUGGUUCUUCUUAAUCUCUGGUAAUGCACAUAAAGCCGAGUCGGUAUGUGGUUUAAAUAAAACAAAAUUUGACAGAAACUGUAGCUGCUUCGGUUUUAAAAAGAAGGUUGUUAUGUGGUGCAAGCAGAGGGUCUUUUUCAGUGCUAACAAUAGGAAAAUGUUUAAAACAUUCUCAGACUUGCUGCAUCAGUUCAGGGUAAAACUUCGAGCUUUCAUUGAUUACCUGCAUCAUCAAGAGCAACUGACAAUCAAAACAGCUGCUGAGGCAGUCUUAUACAGCCCAAAAUCGGCUUCUGAUUGGUUGGUAAUUACAUAAUGUCAUUUCUGCAUUGGUAGCACCACCACUCUGUCUGUAGUGUAAACAUUGCAACAAACACCUGUUGCUCUUUUCUGCAUCAAGAGCUCGCUUCCAUGCCCCUCUAAGAUUAUAGCUGCUGUCACGGUUGAAGACCUCUCACAUUUUUAUUUCUACAGCCUCUGUACUUAGAGACCAUAAAAUUACAGACUCUAAGCAUAUAAAGGCCUGGGAAACACUUUUGUUUUGUCAAAUUGUAUUUUAUGUUUGUUUGUGAGGCUGUGCUCAGCAACUGCAGAUUUCUCCAGUUCUCAAUUUUGUAAAGUACCGUUGAUGACCUGCACAGUGGUCAGAAAUCGUUCAAAUGGUCUGAUUUAUGUAAUUGCUUCUGCGCUCACAACGGAUGUUGUAAAUUCCAGAGACCCUGAGGUCGAGACUACCCUUAACAAGUUGUAGCAUCUCCUUUAUCUUCUCAGAAGGUCAGAAAAUAGAUCUUGUACCUUGUCUUCCAAGGCUCUUCCUAUUUUGCUAGAUAGAUUACCACAGAAAGAAAGGAAUGCAAUUGGUGCAUCAUCAUGUGAAUAUUCAAGAUUUUCACGUAUCCUUUUCUCGGAGAAUGCUGACUUCAUAUCAGUGACCCAUAGCCAUUGUGUCGGUACACAUACUUCAGAUGACUAAUUUCAGAAUCCAGGUAGUCCUUGUCAGAAAUAGUUUUUGCUCUGUGUACCAUAGUAUGUACUUAAAACUGAUCUCUUUUCAUGUUGAAGUAUGUGCAUUAAAUUUGGCUCUCCUUGUUGAUCUUAAUUUUCUUGUUAUUUUGACAACACUUUUAUGGUCCAGCCACACAGUGUAGCAGCUCUGAACAUAUGGACAAUGUGCACCCAAACUGUUCACUUUUGAGAUGGAGAAACAAUGAAGGCUGCCAUUGUUAAAUUUUUUGGUACAUUGGAAGUCAGAUGGGUGUCUUGGUCAAAGGAAGCGUGAAAAUUUUGAAUAUUCUCAUGAUGAAGCACCGAUCACAUUCCUUCCUUUCUGUGGUACUGUAUCCAGCAAAGUUGGAAGAGUCCUGAGAAGAGGAGUUACAAGGUGUAUUUUCCAACCUUCUAAGAAAAUAGAGGAGUUGCUACACACUGUUAAGGACAGUCUCAGCUUCAGGAUCCCUGCGAUUUACAAUAUACCUUAUGAGUGUGGAUGCAAUCACAUAGGUCACUCCAUCCACAUCAUUUCUGAACACUGUCAAGGACCUCAAAGGCGUAUUACAAAUCGAGGACAGAAGAGAUCUGCAGUUGCUGAGUGCAGCCUCACAAACAAACAUAAAAUACUAUAUGACAAAAUGAAAGUCUUGUUUGAGGCCUCUGCAUACUGGGACUCUGUAAUAAUGAAGCUGAAGCUGUAGAAGUAAGAAUGUGUCAGAAGAUCUUCAACCUUAACAGUGGCUAUAAUCUUAGUGGUGCAUGGAAGAGUCUCAAUGCAGAGAAGAACUGGAGAUAUUCAUUGCAAUAUUUAUGCAAAGGUGCCACCAAUGCAGGUGUUGCCACCAUCAGCAACGGCAUUAUGUAAUUACUGACCAAUCAGAAGCCUUCUGACGGCUAUAUAAGGCCACUACAGCAGCAGUUUUGACAGUAAUUUGCUCCUAACGAUAGAGGUAAUCAUCAAAAUCUGAAAGUUUUACCUUGAAUUGUUGCAGCAAGAAGUUUGAGAAUGUUUUAUACAACAGUGCCAUUGCAAAAGACUUCGUUCUCAAGAGGAAACUGGCUAAAUAAAUGUUGUCACUUCUUCUUCUUUCUCUGCUUCUUUCCUUCUGUCUUGUCUUCGUCCACUGCUUUCUUGUCGUCACAUACCUUGUCUUCUUUCAGUGCAGUCUCUUUCUCUGAUGGCUCUCAGUUACUGUUGCCCAGUUAGUGUUCUGAUUUUUUCAUCAUUUUGCUUUUCCACUCUUUUAUCUCUUAGCCCCACCAGGAGCAUUAUCUGGAAGUUUUCCUUUCCAUAUAUAAUUUUUUUGGGGUUGUGAGUGAGUUCUUUAUCUGUAUCUUGUCUGCUGAUGUGUGUUUUGACAUUACCAUUUAACAGUGCUUUCCCUUAUGUAUGUCAUACCUUGUAGUGCAGAUUUCAUGUGAAAGAGCUCACAGAUACAUGUAUUAUUCAUGUAGCUGAAGUGAAAGUCAUUUUUGUGCAGUGAAAGAUUGCAUUUGAGUCAUACACAGGAGUCAUAAUUGAUUGCAAUCAGUUGGGUAUCGCUGUACCUGGCUGAACAGGCAAUCGGUAACACAUGCCAAUUUUUAGUAAACUUUGUACGUUUUGGUACAGUCCUGCAAUAUUAACUUUGGUUAUUUACUUUUACAGCCAUCAUUUGUUGAAUUUUAUUACUGUUAAUUUGUGUGUUUGUGGAUGUGCAUGUUUGUGUUCAUAAUUUUUAUGAGCAGUUUUGUACUAAAUAUUGUACAGUGUGUGGAAAAAGUCCUAUUAAAUGAAGUUUCAGCGUGUAUUGUUUUUUGAUUAAAUGCCAUAAAAAUAUA